CUUCGUCGUUUUUGGAAGGCGAAUUUCCGUGAAAUCAGAAGCAACCAACGUCUUUGUCUCCAGCCAGAGAUGGCUACAGGUAGCCUACAAAGUCUUGACUACAUUAAACUUAUUUUCCAAUUAGCUAUUGAGGGACCAUGAGUGACGACAACAACGAUGAAGCUUCCAGCGAUGAAGGCGAACAGAUUCGGGUAACCUUCAAAUUGGCAUCCGAGGUGGCGGAUCGCUCCAUGGAGGUUCCUUCGGAUCCCAUUGCCGUGCCUGCCUCUGUGGGCCGCAAGGGACUGGCUGCUGUCAUCAAUCACCUGUUGGAUCGAAGAGUCGUUCGGGAUGACACCGAAGAAAAUGAAGAGGAUAGUGAUGAAGACGAAGAUGACGACAAGGAAAAACUACCUGCAAUUCCCUUUGAUUUUGUUUUGAAGGACAACAAUCGAUUGCUCCGAUCGGCUGUGGAACGCGAAGCACGGCGCUACGGAUUGAGUUUGGAAAAACCGUUGGCCAUUCUCUACUUUCCGGCGCAAGAAGCACCUGAACUGCAAGAAGAAAGCAAAGCACAACCCGAUUGGAUUUCCUGCUUGUCGCAGAUGACAAUCAACAAACAGAAUGACAGCUUCUUGUGCGCUGCUUCCUACGAUGGUUCUCUGACCGUCUAUCAACCAAAAAUGCAGCAACCAGAUGACGAACAAAAAGAAGGAGAAGUUGUGCUCCACCAGGUUGCAUCUGCCCCAGAAGCCCAUCGAGGACCCAUUAAAUGCCUCGCUACCAUGCUAGAUCCCACCAGUAGCAAAAACCAAUCCAUUCUAAUGGCAUCCGGAUCCAUGGACCACACACUUUACAUUCAUUCCUUCGAUACCCAAUCCAAGCAACUUGUCAAGCAACAAAUUCAGUGUCAGCACGAAGGAUAUUCCUCUGCCGUGGCAAGUCUGGAUUUCUCUUUCAAAAGUAGUGAUAACAAAGCCAUUUUGGCAAGUGGAGAUUGGGACGGAAAUUUGGCGCUCUGGGAUUUGGCAGAUGCUGAACCGAUUCCCUCCGCCAAAAAGAGUAAAAAGGAAGGAAAGACAAGCAAGGAAGCCUCGCAAAAGCUAUUGACCCCGAAAGUACUGCUUCCGCAAGCGCAUUUUUCUCAAAUCAGUGGUAUUUCCUGGGGAAAUGUACACAAAACCAACAGCAGCAAUGCCAACACUCUGAUUACCGGAAGUUGGGAUCACAGCAUCAAGGCUUGGGAUAUGGAACGACAAGAAUGCGUGCUAUCUUUGAAUGGGUCCAAGGUCGUGGCCUGCUUGGAUACAUCGCACUUCUCGGAGGGGAUUGUGGCCACGGGACACCCCGAUUGCAAUAUUCGAUUGUGGGAUGUCCGAGUCAAUACCAACAGUAACAACGGCGACACUUUGGCAGUUUCCGACAAGACCUUCCGACCCAGUCACAAACAAUGGAUUACAGACGUCCAGUGGUCACCCCAUAAUCCUUAUCAUUUGGCAUCGACCAGUCAUGAUGGGACCGUCAAGGUCUGGGACAUUCGCUCGCCCAUCCCAUUGCAUACUGUACGAGUCUUUCCCAAAACUGAAAAGGGCUUGUGUCUGGCUUAUGGUCACUCUGCAACGGAGACAAAGAAGGAAGAAGGUGCAGAUACCGUGUCUCUCUUCUUGGGAGGAUCGGACUGUGUUGUAAAGCAUUUUGCCACUAAUAACUAUAGCUGAUCACUAAAUAAACGUAAUAAAAACGAUUAACAAUGC